AUGAAAGGGUUCUUCAGCAAGAAAAACCACGAAUCCAAAAAGGAAGCGUUGAAAAGCCUGCAAAUCGAAUGCACUACUGUCAUUAGGGAACCUCCCAGCCGCUCUGUGAGGCAAUUACCGUCAGAACCGCUUAAUAGUCAGAAGUUGGACUGCUAUUCACAGGUUGUGGCGCAUUUUGAAUCGCCUGACCUCUUGAUUCUCACGAAAUCUGAAAAGUCCGGCAGAGGAGAUACCAGCCUUGAACCGAACAAGCAGCCGUUGUCUCUGAAAGAAAAACAGUGGCUAACGAAAGAUCGCAUUUUGAGAUAUCUCCGAUCUACUCAAUGGGAUCCCAAAAGAGCAAUUAAACGUGUGGAGAGCACUAUCGUCUGGAGACGAGAAUUUGGGCUAUUUGAGGACGACAGUGGCACUUCUUCAACUCUUUUAAAGAAAGCUAUGGCAGAGAAUGAAACUGGCAAAAUGUAUUUACUAGGGUACGACCGUCACCGAAGGCCGCUGUUACACAUCAAACCAGGACGCCAAAACACGUCUAGUAGUUUUGCACAAAUUCAACACUUGAUGUACAUGAUCGAAUGUGCUGAGGCCCUAAUGCCUCCAGGAGUCGAAUCUUUGACUUUGCUGAUCGAUUUUAGAAACUAUAAUGGGUUGGCACCCCCACUUGCCCGCAUGCCACCUGUCUCCAUCAGCAAGCAGGUAUUGCAUAUCGUUCAAGAGCACUACCCAGAGUACCUGGGUCGUGCUAUCUUGUGUAACAUUCCAUGGUAUUGUUGGAACUUUCUCAAGAUAUUCCAUCCUUUCUUAGAUCCUGCGACGAGGCCUAAGCUAGUUUACGAAGAAUACUUCGAUAACUACAUUGAGCAGUCUCAGCUGGAAGUCAUGCACAAUGGCAAUCUGGACUUCUUUUACGAUAACAAACCGUACCUCGAAGACUUGGCAAAUUGCGUUACAGAGCGCAGAUCGCAUAUGUUUCAAAACUUUGUGAACCUGGGAAGCCGGGUGGGCCUUGAUGAACACAUUUUGAAGAGCUAUGAGUCAAAAGUAGAUAAAUGCUGA